GUCCCGAGUAACAUGCUCCUGAAGAACUUCAAACGCCCGUCAGUCUACCUCGGCAUUCUGAUCGUCUCCUGGGGCAUCAUGAUGACAUUGACGGGGGUGGUCAAGAACUUCGCCGGCUUGAUGGUGACGCGUGUCCUGCUGGGUGUUUUCGAGGCCGGCUUCUUCCCCGGUGCCGUUUACCUCUGCACAUUUUGGUAUAUGCCGAAAGAUCUCUCCACGCGUCUCGCGUGCUUCUACUGUGCUAGUGCGCUCUCUGGCGCAUUCUCUGGGCUCCUAGCUGCCGGGAUUGCCAAGAUGAAUGGCGUCGGCGGGUACGAAGGGUGGCGAUGGAUUUUCAUCCUCGAGGGUCUAGCGACUGUCGUGUUGGGCAUUUCGUCCUUCUUUCUCCUUAUCGACUCCCCGAGGUUGUCUGGGAAGUGGCUCGAUCCCGAGGAGAUCCGGUUCCUAGAGCUACAGGCCUUCAUCAAGGAAGGCGGACGAUUCAGGGAUGAAACCCAGCCGGCGCAGAAGCGCGUCAAAUGGAAGGAUAUGAAAGCCGUGUUCCUGAACUGGCGGAUGUAUAUCCUCGCAUAUAUCAUGCUGUGCCAGUCGGCUUGCACAUACGGAAACAAAUUCACCCUCCCCACAAUCACCAAAUCCAUGGGCUUCAGCAACACGGAAGCCCAACUCCUCACCGUCCCUCCGUAUGUCGCAGGAGCUAUCUCCGCGAUCGGGUUCUCGCGCCUCUCGGACAAAUUCUACUGGCGGAUGCCCUUCGUCGUGAUCCCGCUCUCCCUGCUCAUCAUCGGCUACAGCAUCCUCAUGUCCCUCGACGGCCAGCUCGGCGAACACCUCGGUCUAUCCUUCUUCUCCGUCAUCAUCGCGCUCAUGGGCCUGUACCCGAUCCACCCCGCCACAUCGAGCUGGACGUCCAAUAACCUGACGCCGUCUAAUCGGCGGGCCAUUGGACUCGCGCUGAAUAUCUGUAUCGGCAACACGGGGGGCAUUAUUGGGAGCUAUAUGUUCAUGGACUCCGAGGCCCCGAAGUAUUAUACUGGUUUCGGGUUGUCGUUGGCGCUGGGCGGGUCAGCGUUGUUGUUGGCGUUGUUGUUGGAGGCGUCGCUGUGGUGGGAGAAUAAGAAGAAGAGCAAGAUCUCGGAGGAGGAGGUUAGGGCGAAGUAUACGGAGGAGCAGCUGUUGGAUAUGGGUGAUAAGUCGCCGUUGUUUAGGUAUACACUGUAG